ACAGCAGCUUCCAACGCACCAACCAUGAAGAUCAUCAUCCUGUUUGCUCUGUUCGCGAUGGCCGUUGCUCAGGAUAGCUAUCCCACCAAGUACGACAACAUCGAUGUGGACGAAAUCCUCAACUCGGAUCGUCUCUUCAAAAACUAUUUCAACUGCCUGAUGGAAGCUGGACCAUGCACCCCAGAAGGAAACGAGCUGAAGAAAUAUCUGCCGGAUGCCAUUUCUACCGGAUGUACCAAAUGUAACGAGAAGCAGCGUGAGGUGACGGCCAAGGUGGCCAAGUUUCUGAUCGAACAGCGUCCCACUGAGUGGAAUGCUUUGCGUGGCAAGUACGAUCCAGAUAAUACUUUUGCUGAGAAAUACAAAGAUGAAGCUGCCAAGUUUGGAAUCAAAUUGUAAACUCGAUUGCGUGAUCAUGACUAUUUGAACCAACAAACUUUUUUUUGAGUGUUUAUGAAUAAAGGAACUGCAUUUCAAAUGAUUGGUUUUUAGUUUCCAUAAGCUGUCCUUUUUUGCCCCACAACAAAAAAGCGAAAUUUUAAGAGUCAAACUAUAAUUACUGUUGGAAAA